AUGCCACCCGAAGACUGUAACCCCAGUCGAGCUUCUUCCGUAACGGUGAUCGGGGAUCCAGUUGACGAUAGUGAUACUUCAUCGGUUACCGCUCAGGAGACCUCACCUUCGGCAAGCGAAGAUUCAGUAACGGUUGGGGGAGAUUCUCCCUCCGUUUCUUCCAAUGAAGAACAUGACCAGACUCAGGUCGACACUUCGUCUCGAUCGCCGUCUCUGAAGCGAAAGCGCAGGCAAGGGGGCGGACAGCUUGACACGGAAAAUCAAGGGGUUCAAAGCAAAAAGAAUGCAGUCAAGAAGAAGAUAAUCCGUAGUUCAAGCCCUGGAUCGGAAGCGGCAAAGUAUCUCUACGAUUUGUGCAACAAACAACGGGCCGAUCUGGAGAAACGUAAUCGCGAGAGACUUGCGGUACUACGCCGCGAGCAAAAUCUAAGCGAGACCGAGAGAGUUUUUCUGUUAGUUCCAUCGCUUCGGGUGAAGCACAAGCGAUCCGAAAAGGCUCUUGACGGUAUAGGUGGCAUAUCGAUAUCAAGAACGGCUCGUUCACAGCGAGGACUGCAAAACUAUAAUGCUGACCAGUGGUGGUGCCAAACCAACGAUAGAACCAACACCCGCGGAACCUGGGGAGCUGUCGUGCAUCGCUUCGAAUCCAUCGGAUCAAGGGACAAUACCUCCAAUGAGCAAGAAAGCGCUGAUCUUCCCUGGAUGGAAGAAUCCCUUGAUGUUCCAUGGCAGUAUCUCGUGAACUUAGGUCUCAGAACGCACGAGGUCGGUUUGCUUGCAGCCGAUUUGCCCGCAGCGGUCACGACUAACGGUUGA